AUGGGGAAAGGACUAGUACGGAUAAGAUUAGCUAGGUUUGGCAGGAAGAAUAGUCCCGUUUAUAACAUUGUUGUAACGAAUAGUCAUAAGGCCCGUGAUGCGAAGCCUUUAGAAGUCUUGGGUACGUUCAAUCCUAUCCCUACACCUAUAACUUUACGUGAUAAGAAGAAAGGUAUAUUACCGUUUAAGGAUGUGGAAUUGGAUUUUAAUAGGGCAAAGUAUUGGAUUGGUGUUGGUGCGCAACCUAGUGAUAGAGUUACUAAAUUGUUGAAGAAAUGUGGGAUACUUGAUGAAGAAUGGGGGAAGAAAUAUAAUGGUGCUAUUUCUAGAAAGAUAAUAGAAGAAAGACGGGAAACUGUGGAGUAG